AUGAUCCGUGAACUGCCCUCGCCCCGUUUUACCGACGUUGUCGCAGCUUUGUACAAACCACAACACCUUCCAAAAUCAUCAAAAGCUAUCAUUUGGCACGGCGAUAUCAUUAUGCAAAAAACGUUAUUUGCAGUGUUGCUUGUCUCGACUGGCGUAGGGUUUGCCUGCGGUUAUAGCAUUAGCCCAAACUCGCAUCUGCUGCUUAACGCAGAUCAUCUCGCGGCCCCACGCCUCAAGUGGCAGACUCCACUUUCGACGAAGGACGACAGGUCUACCGUGUUGAACUUUGAUGACAUCUCGACGACUGACGGACAAGCGGCUAUUGAACUUUACAACGGUCUUCUCUUCGAGGGACUGACAGUUGUCAAUGUGUCCGACAGUAGCCUUCUUGAUAACGAGGAUAGAGAUUGUGCAACAUCACACACAAACACCCUAGUCAGCUUUUCAUACUCCGAAGGCCAACUUCCUCAGAUCAAGAUCGGAGCAGCACACCUCAACGACAAAACGUCGUUGCCCAUGUUUGAUCUCUUGUCCCUCUCCAUCAAGCCGCGUCAGAAACGAUAUUCGGACCCCGUGCUUAUCAGAUAUAAGUUCUGGCAAAUACAAGACGGCAAGACCGAGACGACAUAUAUAGACCUGGUCUUUCAUGGCGUUGAUCACCACGCCAUUGCUCACGUUGAUUUCGAAAGGUAUGGGUAUACCAUCAGAAACCUCACCGCUUUCGAGAUUACUGUAAUGGAGAAUGAUAAGAUGGACUUUGCAUUUUGUCUGGACGAUCUGGGCGUAAGGAUCCAUAACACGACUGGCGGUAAGGUAACUCAAUAA